GAAAGGAUGAGGUUGAAACCUUAGUUGUGUCCGUAUGUUUGAGUCACGACCUUCGAUGAGGUUUGCAUGGGUUGUUCCAUUUUCCAUCUUUCCGAUCAUCGCAAGAGAAAGGAACCAACCAUUGCCAAGCUUCUCUUCUCCUCCUCCUUCUCGCGGUGGAGCAGGAGGUGGUAGAAAAUGUCUUCCCAUGGCGCUGCCACCACGCCACCCUUGAACGUCACCAUGGUCGCCGUUGACAAAGACAAGAACAGUGUCCACGCCUUCAAAUGGACCACUAAACAUAUCGACAACCCCAUCAUCAUUGCGGUCCAUGUCAAGCACAAAAACCUUCCUCAUCAGGGCACCAAUGUUUUUCCUCCCGAAGAAGAGGAUAUAGCCCAUGUUUUCAACCCCUUGCGUCAACUGUGUCAGCCCAACGUCGUUAAGUUGAAAGAAGCCGUAAUCGAUGAUAGUGAUAUUGUAAGAGGAAUUGUGGAAUAUGCACAAAGAAAUCGUGUCAGUACUAUAGUGGUUGGUGCACCCUGCACGAGCAAGAAUACUUUGGCAAGGACUCUGAACCUGAGGAGCGGAAUUUCAGCAACUGCUAUAUACUCUGCUUCUGCUGUUGAUUGUGCAACUGUUGCUUACUUCUUUGACGCCCAAGAGAAAAAUCCAGAUCCUAGUGAGAAGGCAUAUCUUGAUGUACUCUUCAUGUCGUCUAUUGAUCCUGCCCAAUCACUGUCGAUAUAG